AUGUCGUUCUUCGGAAACAACAAUACGAACACCUCGACGGGCUUCGGUGGUUUUGGUGCCUCGAACACGGGCUUUGGCGGCAGCAACAACAAUACCUCAUCAGGCGGCGGCCUGUUUGGAGGCAGCGCGGCCACGUCGGGUGGCUUUGGUAGCGGUGGUGGUUUUGGCGCCAACAAUACCAGCUCGCCAUUCGCGAGGCCCGCAUCUACAGGCUUCGGCAACACGACCGCGGCCACCACGAGCGGUGGCGGUCUCUUUGGGGCCAACACAAGCACAAGCGGUGGCUUUGGAGGCGGUGGGUUCGGAAACAGCAACCAAACGAGCACGGGUUUUGGCGCGCAACAGAACACAGGUGGAUGUAAGUCUGAACGAAGCUCUGAUGAGAUUCGCGAGCAAAACGCUUUCAAUACAAAACUCCUGGCUAACGACUAUGCAGCACUUUUCGGACAGAGCAAGCCCGCGACAACUGGGUUUGGAUCCACUACGACAGGAUCGAUCUUUGGUGGUGGUGGUGGUAGUAGCAACACCGGGGGUGGAUUCGGUGGUAGCAACACUACCUCAGGCAACCCAUUCGCGAGCAACACCGGGAGCACUGGAUUUGGUGCAUCGAACACGAACACGAAUGCGAGUACUGGAGGAUUUGGAGGCUUUGGCGGGGCGAACACUGCUGCCACCACCAACAAUGGCACCGCAAGUGUACCCUUCCAGCCAUUCAAUGAGAAGGACCAGACCUCGAACCAGACGUCACUCUACCAAUCUCUUACGUUCCAGCAACCGUAUCAGAACAAGAGUUUUGAAGAGCUGAGAGUGGAGGACUAUCUGCAGGGCAGACGAUACGGCAACGCCAAUGGCCAGGCUGGUAGCUUCGGCCAGUCUACUGGGUUCGGUGGUAGCGUCUUUGGUGGUGGAAAUACUACGAACACCAGCACUGGUGGCUCGCUCUUUGGUGGACAGAGCAACACCAAUACGAGCACCGGCUUUGGCGCGAAUCAACCCCAAACCCAGAGCACUAGCGGUUUUGGCAGCAAUACUGGCAGCUCGCUGUUCGGCGCGAACAAGCCAGCAGGCGGUGGUCUCUUCGGCUCGAACCAGACUUCGGGAACAGCAACCGGAGGCUUUGGCAACACAACAUCUGGCAGCACUGGUGGCCUGUUUGGUGGUGGCGGUACUGGCUUCGGUGCGAGCAACCAAACCCAGAACUCAGGAGGCUUGUUUGGGAACAACCAGCAACAGAACAAGCCGGCCUUUGGUGGAUUUGGAGCCAGCAACAACAACACGUCAACCGGAUUUGGCGGCGCGUCGAACACUGGUGGCGGCUUGUUUGGCAGCAAUACCAACAACAACACGAGCACGGGAGGUGGGUUGUUCGGCUCAAACAACCAACAGCCCCAACAACAACAACAAAGCAAUCCAUUCGGUGGCAGCACGAACACUGGUGGUGGGCUCUUCGGAGGCAACCAGAGCAAGCCUGCAACAGGUGGACUUUUCGGUAGCAGCACCAACACUGGCAACACGGGCGGCGGACUUUUUGGCUCGAACAACAAUCAGCAGCAACAACAGUCUGGUGGUUUGUUCGGUUCAAAUGCCAACAAUCAGCAAGGUGGCGGUCUCUUCGGCGGCAACAACCAGGCUAGAGCUCCAGCAGCAGGAGGUCUUUUUGGGGGCAGCACUUCCAAUACCGGUACAGGAGGAGGCCUGUUUGGUGGACAAAACACCCAGCAACAGCAAUCUGGUAGCAGCCUUUUUGGCGGAGGCAACACGGGCGGUUCCUCGCUGUUCGGUGGAAACAACCAAAACAAGCCUGCUGGCGGUAGCCUGUUCGGAGGCAAUACGAGCACUAACACUAGCGGUGGACUAUUUGGCAACGGUGGUCAGAACAAUCAGAACCAGCAAAACAACACUGGUGGAGGUCUGUUUGGCGGAAGUCUGGGACAGAGCAACAACAACCAGCAACAGAAUGCGAACUCUCUCUUCGGCGGCACUAGCUUCGGCGGCCAAAGCCAGGCUCCUCAACAGAACCAGCUGCACGCCAGUCUCACCAUGUCGCCCUACGGCAACGACCAGCUCUUCAGCUCAGUUGGCCAGAGCUCAGCUUCUGUUGGACCCCUUGUCACCCCAUUGCAUGGCGCCCGUCCCGCUCAAUCCAAAGCGCCCAGCUUGCUGUCAAGCACGCGACUCAAUUCUCCGGUCUACACACCUCGAGCGAGCUCCUUCAAUCGUGGAGGCACCUACGGUCUCAACUACUCUUCCACCCUUACGACGCCGGGAUCUGCCUACUCGAUCAGCCUGACUCCACAGCAGAGCAGUCUUUUGAAGCCGACAGGCAGCCUGGGCAGUGCGCUAUCUAGCAAGCUUGCUAAGAGCAUGAGCACGAGCAAUCUGCGUGGGGAUGGAACGCCUCGAGAGGGCGAGAGUUUGCUUCGUCCAACUCCAGGCGGCGGAUCACGCAGCUUUCUUAAGUCUGGCAGUAUGCGAAAAUUGACCAUCAAUCGCGAACUGAGCAGCAGACUGUUUGACUCGCCAUCCGAGCAGCGGCAGAUUGAGCCUGCUCGUGGUGGUACAGAGUCUGAGGGAUCGAGCCUUAAGAAGAGAGUGAGCUUCGACGACACGGCGGAGCGUGAGUCCAUAUCUGCGCCGAGCGAGUCGAAUGCUCUGGUGCGGACGGAAGAUGACGAGGCCGAGGAGCCCAAUGCUCUUUUUCGGGCGAAGCCUGGUGCGAGGUCUCACGUCAAUGGUACGCCAGAAAUGCAACAGGUCAACGGAUCUCCGUUGUCCACCGUGCCCGAGAAUACCGUAGCGCAGCGGUCGAAGUCAGUACCGACAACGAACAAGAAGGCCGCAGAAAAUGAUGCUGUCGAGGAGGAAAUCGUUGUUGGUGAUUACUGGACGAAGCCGGCCAUCAAGGACCUGAAGAAUAUGUCCCGGACGCAAUUGUCCAAGAUUGGGAAGCUGACCGUUGGCUGCAAGGGAUUGGGCUCAGUGGACUUUGGCCCAUGCGACCUCUCGAGCACCAACCUUGACGACAUUUGCGGCAAGAUUGUCAAGUUCAGCAAGCGCUCGGUUACCGUCUACCCGGAUGAGAGCACUAAGCCGUCCCGUGGCCAGGGUCUCAAUGUACCUGCUACUAUUCAUCUCCAUAACUCCUACCCCAGCGACCGCCACCAUCGUCGCAAGAUUCAGGAGGGCAGUACCACAGCGUAUGAGAGGCACGUCGCCCAGCUCAAGAAAUUGAGGAACACCGAGUUCGUGGACUAUGAUAUCUCCACCGCGACGUGGACGUUUCGUGUCCAGCACUUUACGACGUACGGGAUGGAAGAGAGCGAUGACGACGCAGAAUACUCGGAAGAGGACGCGGACGUCCAGCAAGCGUCGAGCGGUUUGAGUGAGCUCCCCGAGGAUGAAACAAUGCAGAGCACGGAGAUGGCCGCAAACGACGAUGAAUCUUCUCAAGACGAUACAUUCGGCCACAAGAAGCGCUCGUUCCCUGCCAUCCAGGUACCCGGUGGUUUUGAGGAAUCGGAGGUCAUCACCUACGACUACGAUGACUCAAGCGCAGAUGAAGGUGUCGAGGGGCAGUUUAUGAUGUCCGGCGGUCUCGGGGGAGCAGGUGACGACGGUGUCUCCACUUCAAAGGGCGGUGCAGUGCAGCCGCCGUCUCCGGAGGUCCUGCGCCACUCUCAUUCCAGUAUGGCAUAUGAAGACAAUAUCGGCGCUGUUGACAUUGCUGAGCAAAUGCAGGACGAACCGGCAAAGGAAGUUCCUGGCUCAUUCACUAUUGAAGAGCCAAAAUUUCCCCGAUCGAUCCUCAAACCAACCGCCGGUUACUCGACCUUCGCCUCACCAGAAAAGCUGGCUACCCAUUCCUGGGAAGACCAGUUGCAUGCUACCAUCAGCCCGAAGAAGCGAGAUCGUCAGGCCUUGAGAAACAUUCAACAAAGCGUGCUCCGGGAGUCAUCCAGAGACCCAGUUGAGAGCCCAUUCAAGCGCAGCAUGCUCGGCCAGAGCACCUUCGGCCAGAGCGCAUUUGGAGAGAGCUACCUUGUACAGAAGAGCGCGAAGAAGGUCGGUUUUGGUGCAAGCACGCUGGGCGGCAGCAAGAAUGACCUUACCAAGAGCCAAGCUUUCCGUACCUCAAUGGACAUCAUGAAUUCGCUGUGGGCGCAAGAGAAGUCGACCAAGAAGGCCCAUGGCGCCGCAGCAAACGGCUUUGAGGUAUGAUGAUUUGCCCCCUCCCCUUCCCCAAUGCACAUCGUUCAAUCUCUCCCAUCCAUUUGCACCUUGUCAGUUCAUGUUCAGCAUUUGGCUGAGUUGGAGGAUGUUAUGAUAACUUUGGGCGUUCCACUUCCACACCGGCUUGCAUUGAUUCACGAUCCGCGUCGCAUUUUCCCAUUGCAACGUACAUAGCUGAGAAUGAGAAUAGAACCCAUACCCCAAGAAGCCUCGCCUUUCGACCUCCAGCAACCUCAACGAGGAGGAAGCCGCCUUCCACGAAAGCGUCAAGCCUCACUUCGCCAACACUGGCCACAUUAUUUACUCCGUGCCUGGCUCUGCCCGCCAUGUCGAGGCGCCCUUAAUGCCGGCUAUGCAGCCACUGGUAGGGGAGCACAAAGAGGUUCGCUUUGCGAGAUGGAGCGCCAAGGCAGAUGAGCUCAACACAGAAACACUCAGCGCUCAGAAGGACUCGACAGUCUUGCAGAAAGUGAAUGGCUUUCCCUUCGCUUCUCCGGCGGCAGACACGCUUUUCCAGGACCUCGAAACAAAGUCGGUCGACUUGCGCGAGAAAGCCAUCUGGAAGCUUUCAGACAUUCUAUUUGAUACUGUCGUUGUGGCUUGUAAAGAAGUCGCUGGCAACAUGUCUGCAGAUGGCAUGGUGGCAUUCGAGCCACGUCUGCGCAAGGAUACUUUCGCAGUCCUCUGGAACCAGCUUGUGGCGGCCGAUGUUGAGCGGCAGAUCGCGCUUGCGCAGACCAAUGAGGAGAAGGCAUUGUUGCGCUUGACCAUGAAUGACAUACAAGGUGCUGCCGAGCUGCUUGUCGCAGCAAAGGACUUCAAGCUGGCAACUCUUGUUGCCCAGCUUCCUGGCGAUGGGAUCAGCAGAGAUAUGAUGCAUGCGCAGAUCCAAAUCUGGCGCGACCGCAACGACUGGAGCGACAUGUCUGAGCCAAUUAGGGCUCUCUACACCCUCACCGCCGGAGAAGUUUGUACUGUCGCUGGAAAGAAUGGACCGGCCGAGCACCGUGCGAGUACCUUCAGCAUAUGCGAGCGCUUCGGCCUCGACUGGAAACAGAGCUUCGGAUUGCGAGUCUUCUUUGGGGGCUACUACAGGUUAGAAGAUGCUGUCGAGGCUUACAUCAAGGCCUUGCAAGAAGGCCACGAAAAAGUACUCCCGACGCCAUCCUGGGUCCAGGGUCUAACUGAAGGAGAAGGCAGAGAAGACACUCUCCUGGGUCUCCUCCGUCUGUCUGUAUCAAAUACGGACCUUGAGGCGCUAUUUGACCCCAAAACCGUCUCUGGCAGCGCGGUCGAUUCUCGUGUCGCUUGGCAACUAGCCACCUACCUCCGAGCAAAGGGAUACGCAGCUGCGUUGCCCGAAGAAAAGCUCGAUCAACUCACGCUGGGUUUCGCAGCUGAGUUGGAGGCUGCUAACACAUUCGUCACUGCCGUUUGGGUGUUGCUCCACCUUCACAAUGAAGCAGACCGUCGAAAGCUCGUUGCAGACCUGCUAUUCCGGAACGCCAAGAACAUUAGCGAUCCAAAGUAUGCGGAAGCAGAUCCCGAUGGCACUUGGGAGCGACUGGCUGACAACCUCGCCAUACCUGAGGAGCUGCUCUGGCGAGCUAAAGCGCAACACGCCCGAGCUGAGCAGAAUGAUGCUCCAAUGCAAGCGAAGUUCCUCCUACACGCGGGUGCCUACGACGAGGCCCACCAGGUUCUUCGUGAGGUCAUUGGACCUCAGGCUGUUAUUGAAGAGGAAUUUGAUGUGCUGUCGGUGCUCAUCAACGACUUCGUCGGCUUACCGGAAGAGGACCAUCCCGCGGGCUGGGAAGCUGGCGGUAUGGUCUACUCGGACUUCGUCACUCUGCAGGAGAUGUCUACUGCACGUAAGAACAGCAAAGCAGGAAAGCAUCUCAUGGAGAGGUUGAGCAAUGGACUUCAGAACAUGAAGAAUGCGGAAGGCAAGAGGACCUUGGAGGCUAUGGUUGCCAUUGUCGAGAUGGAGAGGGUGCUGAAGGAAGAAAUGCGCGAUGCUGGGGUAAACAUGCCGCAGGGGCAUUCGAGUAUGAUGGACGUCGAUGGCGUCACGGGGCCUGACAACGAUGCUGGUAUGGAUGCAUUCCUGAGAUAUAAGGCGGCGAUGGGUGUUGUUGCUUGA